AUGGAUGUGUUCGAAUUUGUAGAUCCAUUAAGGAAGAGAAAAAUCACAAACAAUAUAUUUGACUUCGACAAGUAUGUGUACAAAGAAAAGGUAGAUGAAUCAGAGGAAAAGAAAAGCGACGAAUAUGUCAUAAAAAAGAAAAAGAAAAAAAAAUUGAGAAGAGUGUUAGACAGCUCGAAUAGUGAGGGAGAGGAUAAAAACUCGAAUGAAGAGAAUUUUCAAAAUAAGAAGGGUAAUAAUGAAACUAAAAAACGAGAAAAAAAUGAAUUUAGUGCAGGAGAUGAUGCAAGUCCAAAAAAGGAAUAUGAACAGGAAUAUGAACAAGAAUAUGAACAGAAACAUGGACAGAAACAGAAACUCGAACCCGAAGAUGAGAACGAAAAUGGAAAGGAGGGAGAUUACGCACAUUCACCAGAUGCUCACUCGGAUAAUAAUAAUUAUAUUAGCUACGAUAGUAAAUAUAAUUUAUCAGAGGAAAGAGAGGAAUAUGAAAAGAAUUUAAAGGACCUUUUCGAAUGUCUACUAGUAUCAAUAAAAGUAAAAAAUAAAAUUAUCGAAUACUUCACUUCUGGUGUGAAAGAAAAGAGACAUGAAAUUAUAAAAGAAUUUGUGAAAGGUUCCUUUAGAGUAAGUGAUUUUGAUGCAAAUUUUGAAAAUUUUGAAAAGAAUGUUGAAACUUUUUAUAAAUUAAAGAAGUAUCAAAAAUGUGGCGUGUUCUGGUUAUAUGUAUUAUACAAAGAAAGAAAAAAUGGAAUUCUAGCAGAUGAAAUGGGUUUAGGUAAAACAGCUCAAACUUGUGUUUUUCUAGAUUACAUGUAUAAAACAAAAGAAUUGCAAAAUAAAACAAUUAUUGUUGCACCGACAAGUUUAUUAAAAAAUUGGGAUAAUGAAAUUAAUAUGUGGUGUCCAUACUUGAGAAAUCAUAAAAUUAUUUAUUAUGGAAAUCAAAAUGAGAGAAAAUAUUUGGCCUACGAUAUUUUUACAAAUAAAUCGAAUAAUAUUCACUUAAUUGUUACAAGUAUUAAUAUGCUGAUAGGAAAAAAUGACGUAUCAUAUUUUAGACAAAUUAAAAAAUAUGAUUAUCUCAUUUUUGAUGAAGCACAUUUUUUAAAAAAUAAAAAUUCAUUGAUAUACAAAAAAUUGCAAAAAAAAAUCGUUUUUAAUAAUAAAAUUUUAUUAACAGGAUCUCCAAUACAAAACAAAACACAAGAACUCAUGAACCUUCUUUUAUUUCUAAUGCCUGAUAUAUUCACGGAAAAAAAUGUUAAUAAUGCUAUGAAUGCAUUUGUAAAAAUGUAUCAAGAUGUUCUGAACAGCAAGGAAAACGAUGAAAAUUUUAAUUUAGACAGCAAUAAUAUCGAUGGGAAUUAUAGCACUCCAUUGAAGAGCACAAAAAUGAUGGAAAUAUAUGACAUAAAAUCCGUGGAGAAGAAAGAGUCAAAUAGGUUGAGCGGGUUGAGCGGUUCAAACGAAACAAACUUAAUGAAUAACCCGAAUUUGAUGGAAGAAACCAACAAUAUCAUAAAAAAUUAUCUCAUAGAAACGAUAAAGAAUGACGUAAAAUACAUAAAAUUGAAGAAUAUGGAAAUUAUUUUAUUGCAACUUAUUAUAGAACCAUAUAUAUUGAGGAGAUCCAAAAAACAUGUCUUUAUUGAUAUGCCCAAAAAGCACAGUAUUAUAGUUAAGUUACCGCUGAACACGACUCAAUUGAAUCUUUAUAAAGACGAAAUAUUAUCUAAAUUACAACACACGCAUAAGCAUUUGGAAUUCUUACAAAAACAUUCAAAUGAAAAAGAGUUACAGAAAUUAGCAAGUAUCUUUGAAAAGAAGGAUUUAAAACAGGACAAAAAUUUCAAAGAAUGUAAUAACAGCAGAGACGAGGAGCAGGUAGAACCUUUAAGUGGUUUCAACCUCCAUAGCUUCAGCAAAGAAGAUGACAUAUGCAAUGAUGGAGAUGUUUUAAAGAGUGGAGGUUGUUUAAAGAUUAGUAUCCAGGACAGUGGAAGUACCACGAAUACAAGCGAAAGUCAUGUAAAUUCCAUAAAUAUUCGAGACGAAGGAGUUGAUUAUGAUGAUGAUGAAGAUGAUGAUGAUAAAAUAGAUGAAGAAACUAUUAAUAUAGAAAAGGUAGAAGAGAAUAAAGAUAGUGACAUAAUAAUAAACAAAAGAGAUGAUGAUGUAUUAUUGGAUAAGGAAAGCAUAAGUAAUAGUAGUAAAGAAGUUAGAGGAAGAAUGAUAAAUGCAUCUAUCUUUAUACUUCGAAGAAUAUGUAACCAUCCAUUGUUACAUAAAUAUUAUUAUUCAGUUGAAGAUAUAAAAAAAAUUUCUAAAUAUUUUUAUGUCAACACAGAUCAGUAUCUUGAUUUAGAUUUAAAGACUGUAGAAAAUGAAUUUAUGAAAAUUUCUGAUUUUGACAUACACCUAUCAAUUAAGCAUUUAAUUUCACAAGGGGAUGACAAUCUAAAUAAGUAUUUAAUUUCCAAAGAUCACAUACUUAACAGUAGUAAAAUUCAUCACAUGAUUUCUCUAAUCAAAGAAAUCAGAAAAAAAAAAGAAAAAGUUCUUAUAUUUUCACAAUUUACUACCUUUCUUGAUAUUAUCGAGGAGGCAUUGUUAUACGAGUUUGUGUACGAGCAGGAGAAGGAGCAGGAGAAGGAGCACUCGGAUAGUCCGCACCGGGCUAGCCGCUCCCCUCCCAGGAGCAGCAGUGGGAAUGCCCAAUUGGAUGAGGCGGUCGAAGUGGACGCAACAGUAGAUGCAGACGGAACGGUAGAAGAAACAGAAGUGGGGGACGAAUUGGGAGACAAUUGUAAUAGGGAGGACGAACCCAGUAUCGAUUUGAACAAAAAUGAGAAUGAUUCUUACCACUCUUCAUCGAGCACGUCGACAGCUUCAUAUACGAAUGACAGCCAAGGGAAUCAUCAAAUAUAUGUUAGAUUAGAUGGAUCUACUAACACUAUAGAGAGGCAGAAAAUUAUUAAAAGAUUUUCUAAAAAUGAAAAUGUUUUUAUAUUUCUUUUGUCCACCAAAGCUGGAGGGGUUGGCUUAAAUUUGAUUGCAGCUAAUCACGUCAUUCUCAUGGAUCAGGAUUGGAACCCCCAUAACGAUCGACAAGCAGAGGAUAGAGUGCACCGAUUAGGACAAAAGAAUGAAGUGUACAUUUACCGACUUUGCUGCAAAAACACUAUUGAAGAGACUAUACUAAGGUGUUGUAAAGCGAAGCUGCAUUUGGAUCAGGCCUUCGGAGGCAACAGUGAUUUGUUGCAAACGGCCCUUAUAAAGGAUGCACUGAGCGCAAUUGAGAUGAAUUAA